AUGUCAAUCGUGGGUGGCGAGCUGGUCGGCCGUGACGAUACUUCUAUUCUAUUCAUGAAAUAUGGUCCAAAGUGGAAGCACGGGCGUCAACUCCUCCAUCGAUGGCUCAGUGCCAGGAACCUAGAGGGAUAUACUCCCUUGCAGUACGAAGCAUCAUGCAGAACUCUAAAGGCGCUCCUCGAUGAACCUGAUCAUUUCGCUGAGAAUAUCAAAGCGAGCGUGGGUUCUAUUAUUCUCAGAAUCACCUAUGGCAUAGACUGUAAACCACGCGACGACCCUUGGAUUGCGAUGGCAGACCGCACCAUUGAAAUCACUGCCAUUGCAAGCAAACCGGGCCGGUGGUUGGUCGACUCGUUCCCGAUUCUCAAAUACGUGCCGCCAUUCUUUCCCGGAGCAGGCUUCAUUCGUUGGGCGAAGAAGUCCCGUCGCGAGGUCUUUGAGCAAAUACGCCUUCCUUUUGAACGCGUAAAAGACCAAGUGCUUAAAGGUUCACCAGCCCCAUGCUUUGUCGCGGAGCAACUGGCUGAGGACUGGAACAACCUUCAAGGAGCCGCUGAGCAGCACGCCCUCGCAUGCGCAGCUGGUAGCUUGUACGCGGGCGGAAUUGAAACGGUCGUGUCUACUAUUCGCCUAUUCUUGCUGGCUAUGAUCACGUAUCCCGAGAUUCAACGGCGAGCUCAGCAUGAAGUAGACACCAUCAUUGGCUCCCAACGGCUCGCAACCAUAGAGGAUCGCACCGCCUUGCCUUACCUCGGAUGCAUAAUCAAGGAAACACUCCGACAUAGCUCUACCGUGCCUCUUGUACCCCACAGUCUUGAUGAGGAUGAUUUCUACGAAGGGCAUCGUAUUCCAAAGGGGAGUUGUGUCAUGGUGAAUAUAUGGGCAAUCUUGAACGAUCCUUCCAUCUACAAAGAUCCAGAGACCUUCAAUCCGGAUAGGUUUGCCGGGCCUAAACCUGAAUUGGAUCCAAGUACCAUAUCUUUUGCUAUUGGUCUUGGAAGAAGGUUUUGUCCCGGCUCGCACUUCGCGUUGAGCGUCGUUUUCGUCAUGACUUCUCACCUCCUGUCCGUCUUCAAUAUUUUGCCACCUCUCGACGAGAAUGGCCGAGAGUACAUUCCGCCUAUGGACUUCAUCGAUACGCACACUCGACUAUGGGGCAUCGGUACUGCUCAAACGUACUCGUACCAUGUUAAUUACGCCAAGGAUCCUCUCUUCUGGCGGAUUUUGACUAUAGGCGAUUUACUCACCUCUUUCAAAGUAUAUUUCUAUGUGAUACAGAAUUACUUCAAUCCGCGUCAACUGGACAUCAUGAUAUGGGGCUUUGGAAUGCAAGCUCUUUUUCAGGAUAUUGGAGAUCUCCUCGUCCAGUGCUUCUUCUUAAUGAGGAUCUGGUUGCUCGGAAACAAGCGGCUCUAUCUCGUUAUCCCGCCAGCCCUCUUCAUUGCGGCCAAGUUCGGUGUUGGCGUUGCAUGGGCGAUCAAGGCGAGCCAGACGGACAGGAUUACCGUCUCGCAGAAGCAAUACAACCUCCUCUCUGAAAUUGCCAAUGGGGCCGCUGCUAUCGCCAACAUCCUGCUGGCCGGGACCAUCUUGUACCUCCUUCAUCGUUCCAGGUCUGGCAUCAGGCAAUCGGACAACAAGAUUACGAAAAUCAUGAUUUACACGAUAAACACCGGGGCCGUUACCUCGAUAUUCUCCGUACUGAACGUCGCAACCGCAAUUGCGCUGCCCGAUGCCUUCGUUUAUGGUGUCUUCUAUUUCUGCGCUGGGCGCCUGUACCUUAACACGAUGUUGGCCUCCUUGAACGCACGAAAGUCUCUUGCACGGCAGAAGACGUCCUACGUGGAAAUGAACCUCGCCACAUUUGACGCCAGCUACGAACCGCAGGCUGUGGAUGUUACCACGAGCGAGACGAAGAGACAGCAAGGGACAGACGCAGCCCCGAAGAGACUCGAGAUAUUUGUUAGCACUGCAACUACCCGUGAUAAUUCGCCGUAG